AUGUCUUCCAAUAUCCACCUCUACACGACAAAUACACCGAACGGUGUCAAGAUCAGCGUUACACUUGAGGAAUUGGGUCUUCCGUAUGAGGUUACUAAAAUCGACUUCGCCAAAAACACGCAAAAGGAGCCGUGGUUCCUGGAGAUCAACCCAAAUGGACGGAUCCCUGCUUUGACGGAUACCUUUGCAGACGGGGAACAAAUCAGGGUGUUUGAGAGCGGCAGUAUCAUGGAGUAUUUGGUGUCGAGAUAUGACAAAGAUUACAAGAUUAGUUUUGCUCCGGGGACGAGGGAACACAUUGAGAUGACUUCCUGGCUUUUCUUCCUCAACGCUGGCGUGGGGCCGAUUCAAAUCGAGACAAAACGCCUCUACGGAGUCCUGGACAAGCACCUAGGCGAGAACAACCGCGAAUACCUCAUCGGCAACAAAUGCACCAUUGCAGACAUUGCUCACAUCGGGUGGAUCGCUUCUUCAGGUUGGGCAGGGAUCGACAUCGAUCAGUUCCCUGAUCUGAAAGCGUGGAAGGAUCGUAUGUGGGCACGACCGGUAGUCCAGAAGGGUAUGAAUGUCCCUGAGCGAGAUGCUCCAAGACGAGGGAUUUUGAAGGGAGAGGUGGAGGAAAGUAUUGCGGCUGAGGCGAGGGCUUGGAUUCUGAAGGGGAUGAAAGAGGAUGCCGGGAAUUUUAAGUAA